AUGGCAAAUAAAUACCAUGUUCGCUCAAAUAGUUUCCCUUCUGGAUCUCAUCCUAUCACCAAUAGAGUAGAGGAGGAGCUGACCAAGCUCAAGACUUGGGAAGCCGCAUCCACGUCCACAUCAGAGUCAAUUGGCACUGGCUUAUUCUUGCUUGAAGAUUUGUAUAUUUGCUUGGAAAGUCUUCUCAACGUGGCAUCAACCCAAAAAGUGAUUUCUCACCAUCAAGGUGAGAAGUGCUUGGAAGAACUUUUGGAUGGUUCGGUGAAAAUUUUGGAUAUAUGUGGCAUCACAAGGGACACCAUGUUACAAAUUAAGGAAAAUGUUCAAGCACUUCAUUCUGCUCUUCGAAGGAGAAAAGGAGAUUCCAGUAUUGAAAGAAGUGUAGCCGAAUACAAUUCUUUCUCAAAGAAGAUGAAGAAGAAUGCUAGGAAGUUGAUCACAACUUUGAAGCAAAUGGAUCUCAAAUUUGGAGUAUCCCCACUCUUGAAUCAAGAUCACCAACUUGCUGCUUUGAUUAGAGUGCUAAGGGAAGUCAUUGCAAUAAACAUGGCUAUCUUUCAAUCCCUUUUGUCUUUCUUGGCCGUGCCUACUUCAAAGUCAAAGGCAACCAAGUGGUUCUUGGUGGCAAAAAUGAUGCAUAAGGGGGUGAUAGCAUGUGAAGAGAACUCGGGAAAUUCCAAUGAAUUGCAGUGUAUGGAAGCAUCUUUAAGCACCCUUAUAAGUGAAGGUACUAUUAAUGUAGAGAAGAUGCAGGCUGCACGUGAAAGAUUGGAGGCUUUGGAGAAUGCCAUUGAAAACAUAGAGAAUGGUUUGGAGAACGUAUUCAGGCGCUUGAUUAAAACGAGAGCUUGCCUUUUGAACAUAAUGACUCAAUAG